GGCCAGUUCUCGCAUUCUCUUCAGUAGCGGCGGCUGUGCAACUUCUUCGACACUUCCGGAGUGUAAGCGUGCGAAAAUACGCGCGAUGUCUGAGUACUUUAUACUGCGACUUUUGAAAAUUUGAAAAUAGUGAGUGAAAGUGGCGUGGCUGUUGUAACAGGAAAUUUCGGCCCGUUGAUGUAAAAUAUACAAUGGUUGUGAGAACGGAUCACUUAUGGAGGUAGCUGGUUUCUUGUUCUUGAUGCUACCAUGCCUGGUAUACACGAUGGGAGGAAUGACGGAUGUUAGUCUAAGGAUCACCAGGCAGAACAAAGGGGACGUCUUCACCCCAGAAGAUGUGAAAUCAUGCACUCCCGAAACUUGCGUGGGUUUGAGCAGUGGCACAGCUUCAGCCCCUUCAUACAGCAACCCAUGCACCUGCCAAUGUCACCCUCAUUUACCCGCUUUCAGAGAAGACCUACGAAUAUGCGUGGACGAUAUUCAUGAAUGCGUGCUGGCACCCUUUGUAGGAGGUUCCACUUCCGAGACGAUUCCCUUCGUGUUUCUGCCCCUCAAAGGCCAAAUUAUCCAUCCCAGCAAGGAGAUCAGCUUUUCGGGUGUGCAAACUCCGGUUUGCGCCGUUUCCGGAGCCAAAUUCCUCACUGAGUCCGGGUGGGUAGAUUUGCGGAAUCCCGUCGAUACCGAUGUGCCGUUCCGGCUAUUCCGCGAUGAAGGCCGCACGUUUUUGCAGUGGGUCGGCGAGGCGGACCUCCGCACUAAGAUGUCCGGACGACUGGUCCUCGUCUACUUGAUGUGCAGGGAACUGGCCACCAGCGAACCUCUCACACCUACGGGAUACACACUUUUCUCGCCAUGUGUGGCCUUCAGAAUAGUGGGGUCGCCGACGAAAUACCUCAACAAUGUCAGCGAAGUGGCUUUCUCAACAGACGCUCACUCAUCGUCUGAAAAUUCGAAUAAGUUAAGUGUGUCCGAGUACGUCGCUAUUGGAACAUGUAGCGUGCUACUCGGCCUGAUUUACGUCGCUUCGGUCUUCCUUUAUGUCCAUUUGAAGAAAAAAAAUAAGGAUGCUUCACGCAAAAGCGAAGAUAAAAAUCUAACAAGUGCCGAAGAAGGGGUCGUGAAGAACAACCCGCUGUUAAAUAUGACAGGGCAUUUCCAGCCAGAUACGAUCUACACCGACUCAACGAGCUCCGAUCCCGAAGCAGAACUAAUCAAACACAGCGACGAGAAAAAGACUAAAUCGGGUCACACAACUUCCGCCCUUGUCCACUCACAAUACCAACACACUUACGGCCUCCCACCUUCAGUUUAUCUAGACUCAAAUCAUCAAGACCCAUCAUCUAUUGAAAAACUCCCCGAAGAAAAUGUUUCCAUAGUGGAGACUCUAGAGGGACGAGAUGACCGGAUCGACUCUUUUAAAGCCCUCACAGGAACAGUCCGACGAAAAUUAUACUUCAACCCAGCCUAUUUCGAGCCCCAACUCUUAAUGGCCCCUCCACCUGCGGCACUUGAAUUUCUGGCAAAAAUCCGCGAAGUCAUAACAAUCGCCAAACAAAAAAUGGCCGCUAAAAAAUUCUCGCCAAGCCUUAUCGUCAUCCCUGAAGAAGAUAACACUCACACAGAAUCAGCCUACGACAACCCCAAACCUUCCAUGAGCCGUCGCAGCAGUAUGAUAAGUCUUAAACGCGAAAACAGUCGUAGAAAAACUUGCUCGGGAUGUCCAGGUUGCGAGCCUCAAGAUUUCACCCAACUGUGCGGAAAACUCCCAGAAUUUCCAUCCCUGGGGGCUUGCAAGACCUGUUCUUCCACCGACAGCAAACAAAGGAGUAUCCGAAAGUGGCUCGAAGACGUUCCAGUGUUGAAACAAAGUGAGGAAACUUUCGGAAGGGCUCCUAAACGGUUAAGAUCGCCGACUAGGUCGCUGCCGGACGGGGCGGCCACUCCCACAAGAGCACUCUCCCCUCGACCAGCGUCCGAAAGAGCGACUUCGCCCCUUAGUGACCAGUCGGAGAAAAAUCACCGGAAAAUUCGUAAACCCAAAGCGCCGCCUCCACCGCCCCCGGAACAUCAAUACGAUUCAGUUCCGGUCGAGAAGAGAGAAAUGAAUUUCCCACCACCAGAUAUGAUACAUGAAGCAAUGGCGGUGGAUCAGGAGGAGAUUCGAAUUCCGACUCUUACGAAAAAACACAUGAAGGCGGUAAUUGAGGAACUGGCUAUACAAAGAGGGAUGGUUGAGUCGAGUCCAGAAACGGCAAAACGAGGGAUAGAUUAUGAGACGGAUAGUUUGGAACGAACCAGGGGAUAUAGCACCCCGACUGAAUAUGCAGAUCUUUCGUCGUCGCAACCUAGUCCAAGCCUCAGUACUGCCUUACCCAUGGAUGAAGAAAUGACCAUGAGAAAUGCCAUUUUCAAUAAGAAGACCGGAAAUAUGACUAUUUCAAAAAUAAACGUCGAUUGUCUUCAGGAAGAUGAGCACGACUAUGAACUAAUCGUUCUGAAGAAAGGGUCUCUACAAAAACAGAAUUUUUACAAGUUACCGGAGCUUCUUCAAAGGAGUAACGGUUAUAGUUUAGUUAGCGAAGUUUACGUCAAUAAUGGGUAUAACUACAGUAGUGCUCCUUCAUCGUCUAGCGAUUCCAAUUGCUCGACUUUUGACAGACGUACCCUCAAAGUCCGAUAUGAGGACGGCGUCGAAAAGCCGGGCAAACUCCUCAUCGAAGUAAAAGACUGCGCCGACCACUACAUCCCUGUGCACGACUCGGACAGCUUUGAGCCUGACACCCUUGACCGCAAACCCUCUAAACUCAAACUCGCCCCCCGUUUCGACGACGAGUUCAUCGACUCCCUGGAGCGUCCCUCCCGCAUUCUCCUUCGAAGCAACGGAAGUUUCAAAAAUAAUCCCACAUCACCCACUCACAACACGAGUAAUUUUAACCGAGUCUUCGGUAGUCUUCGUGAGAUUUACGAGGCCAAAACUCGAGGUUUUAAACCACCACCUAGUAAUUUUUCCGACAACGGAAUCGAUGGCCGAAUUUUGUCCCUUGAAGAGCGUCACUCGAAACGUCAAAGAAGAAUGACAACUCUUGGAAACAUCCCUCCCGAUUUAAUCCCCCCACCGCCUCAUGGGGAUUCCCCCAUUUACGAACACCCGAAACCCCCCAGGAAGGUUCAUCUGGACGAUGAAGACAUUCUAGGGAAGCCUCCAUUGCCUCCAAAAAACGUGAUUGGCAGGGGUGUCAGCAGGAAUACGGGAGGUAAGGUUGGCACUCCUGAGAAAUGGACAAAGCAGGAAGAUUCUGGAUAUUUGAGCGAUUCAAGUUCCCCCAAAUUGAAAAGUGAAAGCGAUGAAAGUUUGGAUGAGGGACAUAGUGAGUCGGGGGCGGAGAGUGUUGAAACUCAUUCGGUUUUCUUCGGGAGUUUCCGGAAACCAAAUUUUUUAGCUUUCGGGUCUAUGGAUAGUGGAGUAGAUAGUAUGAAAGAGUCGCUCCAAAUCAAUAAAAUCCUCGUAGUUAAUGAAAAGUCUUUCUCUUAAGGCUGCCAUCUCUUUUCCUGUUGUUUAACCACUUGUCUGUCGUCUAUGUGAUAUAGUUUAAGCGGGCCGGAAGUGCAAUUUUAGUCGAUAGGAUGCAAUAUUAGAGUUAAGUAGAUUUAAGUCGGCAAUUUUGACUGCUGUGACUCAAACAGCUAUAGCCAAAUCAUUCUUAGUAUAGGUUAGAAACAAGUGCAAUAAGUACUACCUUAAAUUUUAAAGUACCUUAAGAAAUCACUUAGGCGCGUGAUACAGAGUGCAAUAUCACACACGUGCAAUAUUUUUCGUGUAGUUUUCUAGUUUUAUUUAUAUAUUUUAAAUUAUGAUAGAUUAGAACUGUAUAUAGCAAUUUGCAGAUGGCGUAACGUGCAAGCUUCCGCGUACCUGUAUUGUAUAAAGUCGGGAUGGGGGGCCGUACUGCAAAAUUGUUGGGUCGGUUAGGAUGGUAAUGGUAAAAAAAGGCAAAACCACUUUGUAUAUUUAUAUUUUUGUUAAAAAACUUGAGGAAUAUAUCCAUGUUAA